AUGAGCCGAGCGAAACAGCGAGGCAGCCAACGUGGCCCGCGCCCCAGGGUGGGUCGUCCUCGUGGUAGGGGAAGAAAAAGCAUUGAUCAAGGGAGUACCGCCAAUGGCUCAAUAACUCCAACACCCCCUCCUCAAGAAGGAGAGUCUAUGGAAGCCGGGGAGGCGGAGCCGGAACACACUGUUCCGACUCCGGCCCCCAGAACUUCAGCACGACAACCAACCAUGCCCUUGCAAGCUACGCUCCGGCGACGAAAGGGAGCCCAAGAUAGCUGCACGGGCAGCAAGACCUCAAAGGAGAGCCCGGUGCAUAUGGAAGCUCCAAAUAAUCCGAUAGCGGAGGUACCGGAAAAUAAGGAGCGCCCUGAUGAUGGGGGCGAAGGCGUCAGCGGGGCCGAUAAUCAUGAAUUGCACCAUGGUGAUGAGGGGAAUGGGGGGGACCGCGGUGGGUGUCGUGAGGGUGAGGAUGAAAGAAGGGAUGAAGCGGGCGAAGGUGAAGGGGAGGAUGAGCAAGAGGAGGUCGAAGGUCCUAAUAUCGACGAGCGGCCGCCUAAGAGGAGACGCACCAAGUUGGAGAUGAUCCAGGAUGGUCUAGCGGGCCACUCUACUAGCACAGAUAAAUCGCCACCCUCUGGUGCAAAGGCUGGGAGAGCUAGAUCGCGGGUUAGGGCUCCCGUGGCAAAGGGCAAGGGAGGGACAGAGGCAGUAAGAGGUCGAGGACGACCCGGGCGGGGAAAGGGCAGUCGCCAAACUGGAGGCCCGGGUUCCCGGGGGGGCAAAGGUGCAUAUCGACCUCGGAAGCCAAAAGUAGUGCCUGCCAAUGGAGAAAACGCUGUUAAGACGGCUCCUGCUGCUGCCCCUGCAAAGGAGCCCGGUACGUCGUGCGUCGCUAGUGAUGUGACGAAGUACGACUGGACGUCGGAACUGCGAAAAGAUGUAUCAAUUGUACGCCCGACUAAAAAUCUUGCGCUCGCGCGGUUGAGCGUAACGGUUACCAAAAAUCUGGCUUCUCUUGAACAACUGAAGGAACGUCAGUGCGCUCUUAGAGAAACUGCCAAGACCUACUCUAGGACUAUGAUAAACUUAAACCGCGAGCGUGCAAGCCAGGUCUUGAAAGACUUAAAAGGCGAUAAAGAUUACUUCUCUAAAACCCCCUUUUACCAGCAGGUCCAGGAGCGGUUAGAAAAGAAGGUAGAAGGCCGUAUUUCUGUGCUGGAAAGAGACCUCGAUUUUAAAAAAGGGAAUGCAUCAGAGGUGUUCAAUGCUGAACAGUGGGCUGUCCGGGAAGCAUUUGAGGUCAGUAUGAUGUGCUUGGGAAUUCUUUUAUAACACAGAGGCUAACAAAUUUGUUUCCUAUCAAGACGAAUUUUGUUGAGUUGUGUGAGCAUACAAUUCAAAGGUUUUUACGGGAAGGGCAUGAGCUCUCAGAGCUGUGGGCCGUAGAGGACCCGUAUCUGAAUGAACAUGUGUUGCGGAGGUGUAAUCUUGACCAUAUUGAUCAGGUUACGAUGACGGACCUGGUCGAAAACUUCAUUACACGUGGAGGCCGAGACCGCUCAGUUUUUGACCGACCCCAAAUUGCCACUCGGUCCAACCAGGGGUUGUAUGAUCGGAAGGUUCUUGAGACCUCGGCCGAGCGAUGCAAGAGAGCAGGUGGCGCUGUCUCAAGCGGGCUUGGGACACCCGCAGUAUCGCCGCCGCCCAUGCGGCCUCAAGAGCCCGCCCAGCGGGAGAAUUCCAUAAGCAAUGAAAAGAGCGCUGCAGGCGAAAACAGUUCUUCCGGUGCUAACGCAGCCCAGCCCGACGACGAAGGAAGCUUGAAUGGAUUUGCUUGGACCAGCGGCCUCCAAUUUGUGUUGGAUUGUAAGGCCCCACUGUUUCUUGUUUGCUUUUAUCCGUAUCCUCUAUAGCUCCAACUAACAGGCAUGACACCAGCCGAUAUUGAUCAAAGCGACCCCGCACAAUUUUCCCGCCCAAGGAGGGUCACGACACGCGAAGGGUUGGCUAUGGAAGCACUGGUUCAAUUCCGCAAUGGAGUAACUGAGCUUUCCCCAGAGGGCGAACCCUCUACCGAUGACGUAGAGUAUACCAAUCAACAGGACUCAUCGGAUAGCGGAGAUGAACCAGAGCCGGGGCCGCCCGUCAAAAUACCACUAAGACGAAGUCUUUACUCUCUUUGUGCUGGUGUGAUAUGCCCUGAGAUGGGGCCAAAAACAGGCAUUUUACAAACUAAGGCACUUCCCCCCAAGUACUCUAUGGAAGCUGGCUCUGCACCACGCGGGCCCGAUGCUAGACCCCCGUCCCCUCUGUCAGUAGCUGCCAAGAAUCCUAGCUUGGCAGCGCCGGGAAAGGCUCUUCGCAAUCCCCCUCCCUCCGCGGCAACUAACUCGGCCGGCGAGCCUCAAGCGGCCCAGAACGGCCCCCCCUUCGAUAGCAACACUUGUAACGUGCAUGGUCAGUCUACCCCACCCAUAUCCGAUCCUGAUCCCUCUUCUAGCAUAAGCAAGCAAAACUCCCCCAAAUCUGGUAUCCGUUUUACCCCAACAUGAUGAUACGAGGAAGGCUAACGCGAUUGGGAUUCACUCUUCCCCAUGGUGAUUUAAAGACGAAACUGGCAGCACUUUGGCACCCAGCGACAGGCACAUCCAGACCUCAACACCGAGUAAACAUUCCACAUCAACAACAAAACGAUUGCGAGAUGGCACAAGGAAGGAGAAUUCGGACUCGUCACACAGCGCCGAUGGCCCUCAGAAUGCUCUCAACAACCUCCCAACACCUUCUAAGCCUGCUCUAGCAGAGGGCCCGAAGCCGGCGGCCGAAGGUAAGAUCUCUAGUGGGCACAUGAAUCCACUGAGGGAGCCUUCGGCAUCGGGUGGUGGACCUUUUGUUGGGGAUAUCCCACCAUCUAACGGAGAUUCAAGCGGAGGCCGCCCCAACGGAGCUGGCAGAAAAUCACAUACUUCCCCUGCGACCAAUAAAGUUGAUGGUCGAAGGCUUCCCCAUCCUCCACUCUCAAAAACCAUCCAUAGGCAAGAUGCCACGGCCAAUGAAGAGGCAUGUCGCGACCCAUUUGGCUACAAACCAAGCCAUACUGACUUUUUACAGAAGAGGCGGGGUACUGCCAAUACCAACCAUCCUAAAGUUGACCCGUCAGUAAGACACACCAGCGAUAAGUUUGGGGCUGGGCCGCCUCCGGGUUUGACUGAGUAUCCCAAACCGGGGGUUACGUCUCCCACAGCUCCUCAAUCGCAUAAAGGGACCCAUUCAGAUUCGAACGCAACAGUAACCAACUCACCUGUCCCUCCUAGAGGCUCACGGAACAUCAAUAAUUCACCACAGGCUAGCUGGACGAAUAAAAGAACGCAGAGGGACCUUUACCACAAUAUCCCACAAGAUCACCAUUUAUUCCCACCGGCCGCAAUUUCUGCAGCACGUAGCCAACAAAAGGCGGCCGAAAAUAGUGCUAGAGCGGCUGCCAAUAGCUUGAGCACUUCCGGGUAUCCUCAUAUAGUACCAAGGCCACCUCCCUCAAAGAUUGCCCCCAUGAAUUAUCCAAACUACGGCCCUUCCAACGGUGGCUCAUCGGUCAACAUUCCGAACUUCAUCCCACGCUCACCUUAUCCAGCCAACAGAAGUGCUGCAGUUCCACAGCCACAUGAAUAUGCCGCUCCGAACUCUUCGGCUGCCCGGGAUGCUCGACCACCUCAGCCUUCUCAGCCUUCUCAUCCUCCCCCUUGGACCGACGUGGGAUACACGUAUCCCGGCCCCCAACCGCCUUCAGCACAGUUCCAAGCCCCUGCGAGCAACAACCCAGAUAGGGCUUCGGCGCAACCUUCUGAUAGCAGGACUCAUAUCAUCAACAGAUCACUUCCCCGACAGCCGGUGCCCUCUUCUACGGAUUUCGGUAACUACAUAAAUAAUGGCUACGCGGGCCCCAGCAACGGGUCUUACAAGCCGCAGCAGAGCCAUCAGCAGUAUGCUCCCCAAUACAGCGGGGCCCCCAGACAAGAUUCGAACCACAAUAAGCACCCCUACGAGAGCCUGCCGUGGGCUUCUCCCGUGACCUCGGCGCCUAUCCUCAGCGGUGACACAUCCCAUACCCAUUCUUCCUCGCGGGUUCUUCGGCCACACGACAACCUUUACUCUCACUCUACCUCCAGUGCCCCGGCAGAGAGCAAAAUACCCAGCGUUAACACCUCACAACCCAUCAGAUAUUAUAUUGGCGAUGGUAUUUAUAAGACGGCACCUGCCCCUAUCGACAAGCCACUGAUGCCACAUCGGCCGCAAGACACUGUUUUUGAAGAGGAUGUCUAUUCGAAAGAUCUCAACCUGAUGGCUAGGAACGGAACUUGGAAAGGUCAGCAGCAGCAUCCACCACAUAUGCCUGCCGAAGACGCUCGAAGGGGAGGUAGUGGGGGUAAUUGA